AUGUUGUAUUAAUUACCAGGUUUUCUCGGUAAAUGGAAUUGGUUAUAUGAAUCAAAAAUGCGAUUUACGUUCGGCGAAGCCAGAAGAGUCUUUAAUAGUUGAAUUGAUUAAUUAGGAUAUACGGAUAAUUAAGAACUGGAGAAGCGGAUAAAAAUUAUGCAAGAAUAAGGGGUUUACCUUUAAGACGAUAGGUGCUAAGUUGUGUUCACUCCUUAAUUAAGAGACAAUGCAUCUAUUACCCUUGUGUCUGAUUCUUUUAGAGGGUCUCCUUUAUACGAAUGCGCAGUUCUUCCCUCAAAGAGAUAGAAGAUUUAUGUUCAGAAACGAUCCCUUCAGGAGGUUUGGUCCACCUCCGCCAGGGGCAUUUCAAAGGUUUCCCCCUUUUCCUAUGAGAUCUGGUACACUGCGAAAUGCAAUCAACCAGCCUCGGCAGUUUUGGAAUAAUAAUAGAAACGACAGGGCGAUUCCUGGAAGACAGACGUCGGACAGAAUCAAUAAUAAUAAUAAUAACAGAAAUACAGGUCCUUCCAACAAUAGACAACCUAACGAUUUAGUUAGACCUCCAUUUGGUGCGGUGCAGCGAACCCCAAAUUCAAAUCCCCCAGACAACCGUUUACCAAAUAAUUUUGCACAGCAAAAUCAAAAUAGGUUUCUAAGACCAGUGAAUAGAAACAGUCUGGAUACAUUGCAAAACGAUUUUUCAAAUUUUCAACAAAUGAGAAACAUUCCCCAGUUUCCAGUGGAUUUAUUUGCCCGAAGAAAUCCACAGUCCCGUGUGUCAGGUAUUUCCCCAUUCAGUCAAACUCCGCCUUCAUUUGGACAAAACAGGCCGGGUUCAACUCUUCCUGGUUCAACCGAUAACUCGGCGGCAUUAUCUCGACAACAGCAGCAGCAGCAACAACAACAACAACAGCAGCAGCAACAACAACAACAACAACAACAACAAAUGUUAGAUUUACAACGUCAAAGAUUACAGUUACAACAGUCUCUAAUAAGGAGACAACAGGCAUUAGAAGCGGCGCUUCAGCAACAGCAACAACAAGGACAAGCAGUUCAAAACACCCAAAUAAAUCAACAAUCUGCAUCACAGCCUGUUGUACCACCGGUGAAUCUAACUCCGGUGCCCCCAGUCGUUAACCCGUGGCAAAUUCCUCCUAACUCCUUACCGGUGUCAUCUACAAACAUCAUUCGUUCACUUCCAGCUGCCCCAGGAUCACCAAACACGAAUGCAAAUCCUGUAUCACCUGGACUAGAAACAAUCCAACCAGGAAGUGUUAAUCUUGGUCCAUCAACAUCAGAGCAUACUAUUGAUGGACAUCUCACAAAUCAGCAAGCUUUGGAGAGGUUUGGAUCUCCACUUGCAACAGGAGGAGAAACUGGCACCUUAGCUAAUGGUGAAACAAUGCAACGAAACCCUGAAAUUAGCCACACCCUUAUCACUAUUAAAGAUGAAAAUGGCAACGUUAUUGCUGAAAGGUUAUUCGAAGAAGGCACACAGGAUGCAAUAAUUGAAGAAUAUAUCACUCAAGUGUCUUCUAAUUUUACAAACAAAGUGAAUCAAGAGGCCAAUGCUGGAGGACCAUUUGCAUCCACCGGAACCGGAAGUUCAGGAAACAAUGCAGUCCCUUCAGAGCCCGUGGUUCCUGCAAUUCCUCCAGUAGAUCCUUUCAGUUCUACAGGAACCGGACAGGAACAGCCAAGUAGUGCAGCGGGAACGUCAUCUGGGACUUCCCCAACAACCGGAACAGAGCUUCAGAACCUAUUUGAGUCCUUCCUACAGAAUCCUUCAGGAUUUAGAGGUGUAUAAGAAAGGCCUGGGGCGCAGAAUUUAAAUGGUGGUGACAGGUUUCUUUGAUUUUUCCUCCAAGAAGAUGAAGUCUUAACAAAAUAACGGAGUUUCGAAUGCAGAUGUAUAUAGUUUAUUCUAAUCUAUGUCCAUUCUGAAUGGAUAGCAUAUUAAGCAAUAUUAGUGAAAAAAAUACACUCAAAGUGAAAUAAAAUUUAAAUUUGAUAUUCAUGUCUGCCCUUUUUAGCUGAAAAAUCUGGCGACACAAACAGUUUUAGUGGUAAUGUAAAUGCAUUUUCUCUUAAGAUACUUCUGACUUAUGUUUUAACACUAAUACAUUUAUGUAGAAGGUCUUAUUAAAUAAUUACAUGAACGGGUUAAAUUUUAUGAUACGACUCGAGACAGUGUUUUCAAUGUCUUAAAUCAUACUCUUAAUAUCUAUUUCCGAUAAAUUUCUCUAUCAAGUCAAGUUAACAUUUAGUCCUGACAAGAAGAAUUUUUCUUCUUUUUUUAUCUAUUUAUUAUUGUUGUUUUCUGAUAUGUACAUAUGAUUUGUGAAUUAAAUUGUUUUUAACGAACCCUU